ACAAAAAAAUUUACAGGAUAAAGAAAUACAAGAUAUAUAGUUAUAGCCUACAUAUAUACAUGUAGACUGGCGAUUGUUGAAUUUGUCCCGAAGCUCACAACGCUUCUAGCCUUCAUCUAAUCUACUAAAGACCAAGAACAUCCUACAGUCACAGCUCUCCAGGUAUGUAUUUCAAACGCGCUUCAAAAGUCCAUCUCAUAAAACAUGACGAGCUUUGAGUGAACAAAAGAGAGACAUGAAGAGUGAGUCCUUCCUAAUCCCCUCCUCAAGCCCAUUGACCCAGCCUAACAAUUAGUGGUUUUCUGUCACCAGGGAGGCCACUGCGUAAUGAAGGUAAUCCAAUAUAACCUGACCUUCUAGUGUCACCACUUCACUUUGGCUCUGAAACAUUAGAGUGGGGGCUCCCGUUCUGCUCUUAUGCAACAGCUCAACUACUAUACAUUGGCUUCAGGCUCUACAGUCGCAGAGGUGAUGGAAACAGUAAAGACUAUUUCCUGGAAUCAACACUCGUUGGCGGAAGCAUAUUUGAAUAUUUUGAUUGACACUUGAUAUGGAGCAAUCACAAACUAAACUGCUGAGUCUGUUUGGAGGAUAGCAAGAUUUUGGGGUUCUAUUCUUAUUCUUGCAAAAAAUCCUCAAAUUGUCAGAUCCCAAUGAACACAAGUAGAAGUAAGCUGAGGGGAGAUUCACGUCUGAGACAACACAGAGCUACUCUACGCAGCCGAGACACACAACUGUCCCUCUGUACGAGCAUGAAUCAUCAGUCAUUAUUGAAUCUGUGUCUGCAGAUAACGCAUUGUCAUCACCCCGUUCAUCGCUAGUAUUAUCAUCAUCACCAUCGUUGUCAUCAUCAUCAUCAUCAUCAUCAUCAUCAUCAUCAUCAUCAUCAGCCCCUCUGGCAAGUCAGCAUCAUCCGCAGCAUGGGAGGCGAAUCUCGCCUGACCUCCUCUCGUCCCACAUUUAGAGCGGGCUGAAUAAUUGAUGCUUCACCCAGUAGAGAAUGGGAGAGACGGCUUUGUGCGGCCUCCCGCUGUCAGGUGUUUCCUGGGCCAGCACUCACACUCACCUUUAAACAUAUGGUUACUUUUUCAAUUUCACAAAUACAGAGGAGUUAAUACAAAUAUUUAAGUUGAAGUUCACAAUAUGAGCACAAUUUUAAAGGGUCUCUUUAACCAACAUACGUAUAUGAAUUUCAUACCUGCACACAAUAUUUUUGUCUGUAAUUACUUUUUUUAAAGAAAACUGUGGACAGCAAGGUCUGUGGAUUAACAUGUGUAAUAGUUCAGCAGCGGAGCCACGCUAUUGACAUUAGAAGUUGAUCAGGUUAAAUCUGUUGGAGUAGUUUGUUCAAAUUUAACACCUGUAAAUGGCACAAAAUGAGCAUUGUAUUCAAUAUUGCCAACUCCCUGUUGGGUCUUGGUUGUGGCACCAGGAGACUUCUUCGUAGAUCUUGGUAUGACAAACAGGUGUAAUGAAUUUCAGACAUGCAGGUGAAACUUGCUGUGGGAGCUGCUCUUUAGGGGGCGUUAGCGAGCCAUUUUGCCAACAACAACAAUAACAACAACAACAACAACAACAAUGCUAAAACACUUGCAUUUUCCCCAUGCUAAAUAUUGCCUGCUUCUACUUUGAGCACAACAAAUUGUCAUCAGUUCACUGUAGUUGUUUAAGAUUAGAAGCAGAACCCUAGAGACAGAUAUUUUAAAAACCAAGAUUAUAUGCAUGGUUCAAGUCAAGGUAGAUGAGAACUUUUUGUGAUUUGCGCAAAUGGACCCUUCAGAUACACAGUUGGAACUAUAUUUCAAGCUCAAACAUUCACACGAUUAAGAUUUUGUCAUUUAAUUCAGUAUUGGUUCAUUUUUUUUCUAUUUGAUAAGAUUUUGUAGCAGGGCCCCACAUCUGAGAAGAAUGUUAGAUGUUUUAUUACAGGAAAGUAGUCUUGACAAAAUAGUCACUGUGUAACCAGAGGAUGGAACUAUCAUGUGUUAUGCAUUAGCCAUUGUUGCUGGGAACCCCCUGGAACCUCUUCAAGGACUCCACUUCAAAACUCAGACAAUCAGAGAAAGAUAGUAUUCAGACAGAAAUUCAAACCCAGCCUGUCAGUUUUUGAUGACCUGGGAAUGUGCCUCGAGAAUAAACCAUCGAUAUCAGCUUCCAUAACUUGUUGUGCAUCGAUUUCAUUUCAGUAACACGUGCUUCUCCCAGACUCCCCACCAUUACAUCUAUACUGCACAUGCAAUUCUGUGCAGGGCAUCUGCCUCUCUGUGUCACACACACACACACACACUCACAUGCACACACACAAAAGCACCGUGUUUGUCAACUCAGCCUUGCACCUGAGGGAAACGAAAGCACGCUAUCACCUUUCACCCUUACAGUUGGGAUGACACCUUGGGGAGUGGAGACUGUAUGGAGGCUAUGAGCUAGUCUACAGACCAAAAGAUCCUGUGUGUGGGAACUCAAAAAAAGGAAGAGGAAACCAAAAAAAAGCAGCUUGGGAAUUUAAAUGAUAGAGACUGGAAAGAGACUUUUUACUCUUUGGCAUUUUUUUUCCCCUGAUGUGCAACUAAGCUCAUCGGCUGGACUCAGACGGAGACGUGAAAGGCCAUGGCGUGCACGUUGCACAUUUGGCUACCAAAGCACUCCAGGACUCGCACUAUUUACUGUGAUUGUUUCAUGUUAACCCUCAAUCCACUUGGAUGACUCAAGUACUGCCAGAUUGGACGGGAUUUCUGAGAACAAGUUCUUCUUCUUGUUGAAUAAAUGAAUGCUGUCAUGUCCUGCUACAGCACGGCUCAAGUUGGUAGCACACUCGGGGGCGAAUAGAUGAUACUCAGACAGCAGAUGAGGUUUUUCCCUUCCCCUCUGUAACGUCACCGGAUACACCAACAUGUCUGUCAUAAAGAUGGACCUGGCUCCAUCCUGUCACCUCCCACUCCUCCUUCUACUUGUUGUAAACCUAACAGGUGUGUGUGGGCAGAGGAUCAUUGGGGGUGUCGAGGUAAAGCCCUACUCCAUCAAGUAUCAAGCCUCCCUCCACUUCUUUGGCAUCCACUACUGCGGAGGGACCCUCAUAUACCCACAGUGGGUGGUAUCUGCUGCCCACUGCUGGAGACCGAGCCACUUGAUGAAAGUGGUCCUAAGUGAGCACAGCAUCAUCAAGUCAGAGGGCGUGGAGCAGACCUUCGGUGUGUCCGCAGUCUUCCAGCACUACAUGUACAACCCGAGGACGUUUGACAAUGAUAUAAUGCUGAUCAAGUUGGACCGGCCAGCAGUAAUCAACGCCAUGGUCGAGCCGGCCUCCUUGCCAGACCCGGACUCACCACCCUUGGCUUACUUCACCCAGUGCACCGUCAGUGGCUGGGGUGUGACCUGGCUCAACAGCUACCAACUGUCACCUGAACUGAGGUCUGUGGAUGUGAACAUCUUUUCCAACUGCGAGUACUACUACUACUUCAGGAUCACAGACAACAUGAUCUGCGCUGGAUCUCGCUAUGGUGGGAAAGACUCCUGUCAGGGGGACUCAGGAGGACCUCUGGUUUGUGAUGGUAAAUUUGAGGGCAUUGUAUCUUGGGGCAUCGGCUGCGCCUAUGCUUUCUACCCCGGCGUCUACACCAAGGUCCGAAAGUACGUCGGAUGGAUCAAGUGGGUGACACAGAACAGCUGAUGAGACUUUUUAAAAUUUUUUUUUUUUUUAACAAUCCCACUGAAGACACUACCGCCAUGAAGAUUUGAAUACAUCCUGAUAGACGCAAACUUAUCUUUGGUUGUCUUGUAUGAAUACAUAUGAAUACAUUUGCUCAGUGACUUGUUUUCCCAGCUUAGUGAACAUCAUGUGAGAGAAGAUUGAAGUCAUUUUUAUUAAAAAAAAGUCUAACUGACUGUAUGUAUGUUACUGAUUGCACUUUGUAUUUUAUAGCUUUACUACUGAGUUUUUAUUGUUUUCCAGAAGUGGUGUUAACUCAGCGCUCACACAAAAGCUGGACA